ACACCCUGGAGAGAAAAUGGCGGCGGCGGCGGCUUCGGCGGCGGCGCCUCAGCAGCUUUCGGAUGAGGAGCUCUUUUCUCAGCUCCGCCGUUACGGCUUGUCUCCGGGUCCGGUGACAGAGAGCACUCGGCCGGUGUACCUCAAGAAGCUGAAGAAGCUUCGCGACGAAGAGCAGCAGCAGCAGCAGCAGCAGCAGCAGCAGCAGCAACAGCAGCAGCAGCAGCACCGGGCGGGGGGCCGCGGCAACAAGACGCGGAACAGUAAUAACAAUAACACGGCCGCCGCAGCCGCGGGACCGGCGGCGGGGAUGGGGGUCCGGCCGGGCUCGGGUGACCUCUUGUACUUACGGACCCCUGCGGCCCUUAGCCGCUUGUCGGCCUCGGUUCCGGAGAGCCCCCUGGGAGGAUCCGGGGGCGCGGCGGCGGCGGCGGCGGCGGCGGUGGCCGUCCCCGCGGCGGGCAGCAAAGUGCUGCUGGGCUUCAGCUCCGACGAGUCGGACGUGGAGGCCAGCCCGCGGGAGCAGGCGGGCGGCGGCGGCGGCGGCGGCGGCGCCGCGCGGAGGGACCGGGCUGCGCUCCAGUACCGCGGGCUCAAAGCGCCGCCGGCGCCGCUGGCCGCCAGCGAGCUGACCCACGGCGGCGGCGGCGGCGGCGGCGGCAGCCCGGCCGAGCGGAGGAAGCCCCACUCGUGGUGGGGGUCGCGGAGGCCAGCGGGUCCCGAGCCGCAGCCGCCGUCCGGGAACGACGGAGCCGCGGAGGACGUGGACGAGGAGGUGGCGGACGGCGAGGACAGGGAUCACCCCGAGGCCGACGAGCCGCUGUGGGCUAGCCGAGCCGUGAACGGCAGCCGCCUCCUGCCUUACAGCUGCCGGGAGCACUAUUCGGACUCGGAGGAAGAGGACGACGAAGACGACGGCGACGACAGCAACGUGGCCUCCGCCAGACAGGUAUUAAAGGACGACUCCCUUUCCCGGCAUCGACCCAGACGGAGCCAUAGUAAGCCUUUCUCCGCGCUGACUGCUAAAUCUGGCGGCAGCCGGCAGGAGACUUCUUCGGUUCAGGGAGGGGGAGGACUCGCGAUGAAUGACAGGGCGGCGGCUGCCGGGAGUCUAGACAGGAGCCGAGACCUCGAGGAGGCGGCGGCGGCGGCGGCGGCGGCCGAGCCGGGAGGAGGGUGCGAUCGAAUGGACUCCACCCCCAUUCCUCGAUACCGGGCUGGCGGGAAGAAGCUGGCCCCGCUCCUGUCCCCACCGAUUCCGGACGUGGACUCAACCUUGGAGUCGCCCACAGGUUCCCUCCUCAAAACCAACAAUCACAUAGGCGGCGGCGGCGGGGCCUUCAGUGUGGAGUCCCCGAGUAUAUAUACUAACAGCCUCCCUCCCAGCGCGGCCGCAACCGCCCCUGCUUCGCUCAGGAUCAACCACGCCAAUCACACUGGCUCCAAUCAUACCUACCUGAAGAACGCGUACGGCAAGCCGAAGAAGCUCUGCGAGCCUGAAGAGGAACUUCUCCAGCAGUUUAAACGUGAGGAGGUGUCUCCGACGGGCGGUUUCAGUGCUCACUACUUGUCGAUGUUUCUCCUAACUGCUGCCUGCUUAUUUUUCCUAAUAUUGGGACUGACUUACCUAGGAAUGAGAGGGACGGCAGUGCCCGAGGACGGAGGACUCAUAAAAAAACCCUUUGAUGAAACAUUUGGAAAAAUACAAGAAAGUGAAAAAAAUCUUAUGAUGAGUACAUUAUACAAACUUCAUGAUCGAUUGGCCCAGAUUGCAGGAGAUCAUGAAUGUGGCAGUUCUAGUCAAAGGAUGCUGUCCGUGCACGAAGCAGCUGCGUAUUUAAAGAAUUUAGGUCCUGAGUAUGAAGAUGUAUUUAAUACUUCAUUGCUGUGGAUUUUUAAAAAUGGGAAAGAUGUUGGAAUAAGGUGUCUUGGUUUUGGGCCUGAGGAAGAGCUGACAAAUAUAACUGAUGUGCAGUUUUUACAGUCCACCAGACCCCAGAUGUCAUUCUGGUGUCGUUUUCGGCGUGCUUUCAUUACUGUAACCCAUAGGUUGCUGUUGUUAUGUUUAGGUGUAGUGAUGGUCUGUGUUGUUCUACGUUAUAUGAAAUACCGCUGGACUAAGGAGGAAGAGGAAACAAGGCAGAUGUAUGAUAUGGUGGUAAAGAUUAUAGAUGUUUUACGAAGUCAUAAUGAAGCUUGCCAGGAAAAUAAAGACUUACAACCGUAUAUGCCUAUUCCACAUGUUCGAGAUUCCUUAAUACAGCCCCAUGACAGGAAGAGGAUGAAGAGAGUCUGGGAUAGAGCCGUUGACUUCCUUGCUGCUAAUGAAUCGAGAGUGCGCACGGAAACACGAAGAAUAGGUGGUGCGGAUUUUCUCGUCUGGCGAUGGAUCCAGCCUUCCGCAUCCUGCGAUAAGACAUUAGUUAUACCUUCUAAAGUAUGGCAAGGCCAAGCAUUUCAUUUAGAUAGAAGAAAUUCACCACCAAAUAGUUUGACACCAUGUUUAAAGAUUCGAAAUAUGUUUGAUCCAGUUAUGGAAAUAGGAGAUCAAUGGCAUUUGGCAAUUCAAGAAGCAAUUUUAGAAAAAUGCAGUGAUAAUGAUGGCAUUGUUCAUAUUGCAGUAGACAAAAAUUCACGUGAGGGUUGUGUAUAUGUUAAGUGUCUGUCUCCGGAAUAUGCUGGGAAGGCUUUUAAAGCAUUGCAUGGCUCUUGGUUUGAUGGGAAAUUGGUUACAGUCAAAUACUUGCGUCUAGAUAGGUACCACCACCGCUUUCCCCAGGCUCUUACGUGCAACACUCCCUUGAAGCCAUCAAAUAAACACAUGAACUCUAUGUCUCAUCUGCGCCUUCGGACUGGCCUAGCCAAUUCACAAGGAAGUUCCUGAAAAGAUUUCUUCACUCCUAGGACUGUUAUUUAAAUAGGAAAAUUCCCGUUUGGCUUCCGUCUUCCUUUUAAAAUGCUUUUUGUAUGUAAUAUUUUUAUUGCUGAAGACAGCUGUUAGAAAGUUCCAGAAAUCUUAAGAUUCCAAAGGGAUUUAGUGGUGAGGCAGCAAUGCUGAGCAGGUAGGAGUUGUUAGACUCAGCAUUUGGAGCUCAGUUAAGCCAGUGCAUUUAAAGUGUGCAUGAGGAACACUCAUUUUAUAUUAAGCGUUUCAGAGAUGGUGGUUAUAUUUUUGCACCAAAAAGUGUUUAGAUAACCACACAAAAGCAUGGCAAAGCAGCUUUUUGUAUUUCCAUAAUUUGUGGAUUAAUGUGAAUUUUUGUAUACAGUCAGCUGCAUAGUUCCUUACAGGCUACUGUGGUAAAACUGUUCAUUUCCCACUUUAACCUUAGGUUUCUAUUGCUUGUAAAAGGUUCAUUUACUACAGCUGGAAUAUGGGGAAAUUUAUUUGGUUUUAAUGGUUACAUACAUGUUUAAGUGGAUGCAUAUGUACUUAAAUUGGCUUUUGUAUAUAUGUAUAAACGCUGAUGGUAGUGAAAGUCUUGUUUUGUGAGAAUGUCUGCAUUAGCAGUAAAAUAAGCUUUCUAUUUUAUUCAUAAUCUAAUGUAUAUAUAAUGUAUGUGCAUAGCUGUGUGUUUAUGUACAUAUGUAACUGUACAUAUGUACAUAUCCACACAGAUAUAUACAUAUGGCUGUACUGUCACAGAUGAUCAAGCAGCCAAGUACCUGGAAGUAUUAGAUACAUGUUUAAAAUACCUUUUAUAGAUUUUAUAUAAAAAUACCUGAGUAUGAUUUUGUGUGAAAGUUCUGGCACCAGUUGUAAUGAGUUCAAAUUUAUAUGAGCAAUAAAGAAGCAAUUGGCAGAUACUGGAAAAAUAUUUUGUGAAAAGCUGUAUUUAUUAUAAGUACUGGGGCUGUGACAGUACUACUAUUGGGAUUGUGUCAUAUUCCCAGUCUGUUAUAGCUUAAAGAAAUGUUAGCUCCUGUUCUAUGUCCAGUGUAAAGCAGGGCGCUUAGUUUCAGCCAAGUGUAUUGGAUAAGUAUCCUUGGAAUGUUGG